AUGGUUGAGAAUGCAUUAAGACAGUAUAAUAAGAAGACGAAAGAUAUCAUAUUGCCUGUGAGUAAAUACAUGCAGCGUGUCACCGAACCUUUGAAACUGGUGUGCACACUGAUCACCCCUCUCCAAAAAGUAUAUGUGGAAUGCGAAAAGCUGCAGCAGAGACUGGCAGGAGAAGGAGCCAACAGGCCAGCGGAAGUGCUCCCCGGCCCCGCCAAUCGUAGGGAGGCCAGUCCCAGGGUUCCACGCCGGGGUGGGUUGUGCUGCGCUGUAAGAAAUUUGAUAUAUUUUAAAAAGGGGCGAGCGAGACAAUUGAUCCUGCAGCUGCAGCAGCGAGGAGGAGGCUGCGGCAGCUCCAAAGGUGACAGGAAGGUGGUGAAUUUCAAACUCAGCAGCAGCUCUCAGUGCGUGUCGGAUGGGGUAUUCGUUCUGUUAAAGGAACAGAAAAUUAGUGGGCACAGCAGUAUGGAGGCAGAGGAUUUCCCUCCCCCGCCAUCGGAAGAUAUGAUUCUGCUGAAGAACAAAUUGACAUUCCUUCACAUUCUGAUGCCCUCAGAACAUUGGGAAUUGCUUUGCAAUUGUUUCCAGGACAAGAAGAAAGUGAUACAGGGUCCUGUGUUGAAAGUUCUAGAAAAUGAAUUAAAAGGCUGUGGUACCAAUGAUGAAGAGGAGGAAGAAGGGGAACAAUUUGAUUUUGAUAGUGGUGAUGAAAUACCAGAAGCAGACAGACAAGCACUUGUGCCACCUGCUUCAGACUCUGGGAUUAAUGUAGAACAUGAAGAUGCUAACUCCACAGGGGAUGACAACAUAGGAAGAACUGAGAAAAUACAAACAACAGAAUCCCGUGCAGAGGGCGCUCCAACAAAAGUAAACCCAUAUUCAGUCAUAAAUAUUUCACCAAUCCAAGAAAAGGAUCAUUCCUCAUCACCAGAACCCAAUGCUCAAGAUGAAAAUGCAAGCCCUAACUUGUCUGGCGGAUAUUCUGUUCCGGUGCCCUGUGGCUAUGCUGUACCAUCCAACUUACCACUGAUGCUGCCGGCAUACUCCAGUCCUGUCAUAAUACGCAGUGUUUCUGUGGACGAAGAAGUUGGUAUGCAGUCAGUAACUGAAGAUGGCAAUAGUAAUUCCUUGAGCUCAGAGGAUCCCCCAAAUAGUGAAGAUAACCAGGUCUGUAAAGAAGAAGAUGCUCUAGCCAAAUGGGUUGCAGAUCCUGCAAACACAUCAUGGAUGGAAAACCCAGAUGAAGUAAUUUAUGAUGAUGUGCCAAAAGAAGAUUCAGACACUGAACCAGAGGAAAUGAUUUAUGAUGAUGUUGAAAACGGAGAUGAAGGUGGAAACAGCUCCCUAGAAUAUGGAUGGAGUUCAAGUGAGUUUGAAAGCUAUGAAGAACAAAGUGACUCAGAGUGCAAAGAUGGAUUUCCCAGCUCCUUUUUGCGAGGCAACCACAAAAGACAUCUUUCUCAUGACCUAACCCGUUUAAAGGAGCACUAUGAGAAAAAGAUGAAAGAUUUGAUGGCAAACACUGUGGGAGCGGUAGAGAUUCAGCAACUAAAGCAAAAACAUGAGCAGAAGAUGCAAAAGCUCAUGAGGGCUGCUAGGGAAGGUACCAAAGAUGGUUAUGAAAAGACUAAAGCAGCUGUGAAGAAAGGUCGUUCGUUCAUCAGAACCAAAUCCUUUAUUACCCAGGAUCAUAAAGCAUCCUGUAUGGAAGAAGAGGAACUGAAUUUAUUUAUUGAUGUUGACUGUAUGCAUACAGAAGCAAUUAUGACUCCUAUGCCUGAAGGAUUAUCACAGCAACAGGUUGUGAGAAGAUAUAUUCUGGGCUCUGUGGUUGACAGUGAAAAGAAUUAUGUGGAUGCUCUCAAAAGAAUUCUAGAGCAAUAUGAGAAGCCUCUCUCAGAAAUGGAACCAAAGCUACUGAGUGAAAGAAAACUCAAAAUGGUCUUUUAUCGUAUUAAGGAGAUUCUUCAGUGCCAUUCAAUGUUUCAGAUAGCACUGGCCAGCCGUGUCUCUGAAUGGGAUUCUGUGGAAAUGAUUGGAGAUGUCUUUGUUGCUUCAUUUUCUAAAUCCAUGGUUCUAGAUGCAUACAGUGAGUAUGUAAAUAACUUCAGUACCGCAGUCGGGAUUCUCAAGAAAACAUGUGCCACAAAGCCUGCCUUUCUAGAUUUUUUAAAGCAAUGCCAGGAGUUGAGCCCUGAUCGAAUUACACUCUAUGGUUUAAUGAUGAAACCCAUACAACGCUUUCCACAGUUCAUUCUUCUGCUUCAGGAUAUGUUGAAAAACACUACUAAAGGACACCCUGACAGGCUGCCACUGCAGAUGGCUCUUACAGAGCUUGAAACAUUGGCAGAGAAAUUAAAUGAGAGGAAAAGAGAUGCAGAUCAGCGCUGUGAAAUAAAGCAAAUCGCAAAAGCCAUGAAUGAACGUUAUCUGAACAAGUUACUCAGCAGUGGAAAGCGAUACCUAGUACGAACUGAUGAUAUGAUAGAAACAGUUUACAACGAGAAAGGAGAAAUUGUCAAAACCAAAGAACGACGACUCUUCAUGCUGAACGAUGUGUUGAUGUGUGCAACAGUGAGUGCACGCUCUUCGUAUGAAAGCAGUGGCAUCAUGGCAACUGGCCUAAGGUAUUUAUUAAAAUGGAGUGUGCCACUUGGACAAGUGGAAGUAAUAGAAUAUGGCAGCAGUGAAGGCCAAGGAGAGAACUGCAGAUUCCCACCUCAGCACUCAGCCGAGAAUGUCAUCGUUAAUGUUAAGCCAA